GGUUUCGGAAAUCUUCUGCUUUUACCAUUUGGUGGAAAUUUUUGACAGCUCAGAAAAUUUGCCACAGAUCUAAUCCAAACAGAAAAAGAUGAGUAAAUCACUGGAGUCAGUUAUAAAAGAGGAACUUGGCCUCUCCGUUUUGAAGAGUGUUGGUAUAGGAGGUGGAGGUUGUAUUAGUGAGGGAUCUGCGUAUGAAACAGACAAGUAUGGGAGAGUCUAUAUCAAAGUCAACUCCAAAUCGGGGGCUCGCACCAUGUUUGAAGGAGAGUAUGCCAGUCUGGAAGCACUUGGGAAGCCAGAUAUUGUCAGAGUACCAAAACCAUACAAGGUAGUUGAUCAGCCAGGAGGUGGUGCAGCUUUAGUAAUGGAAUAUAUUCAGUUUUCUGGUGGUUUGUCAAAAUAUUCUGCCUUACUGGGUCAACAACUUGCUAGGUUACAUCUACACAAUUCAACACUAGAGAAGAAGGCAAAGAAGGCUGAAGGUCACCUGCACAAGGACGAGACAUCAGAGGAGUACAUCAGCCAGUUUGGUUUCCAUGUCAACACGUGCUGUGGUUACAUAGAGAUGGAUAACACUUGGAAAGAUGAUUGGCCAUCAUUUUAUGCUGAAAAAAUAGAGAGACAUAUAUCGAUGAUUGAAAAGAAGGAUGGUGACAGAAAAGCGAGAGAACUGUGGAAUAAAAUUCUUGUCAAGUUUUCAAGCUUUUUCGAAGGACUCAACAUUAAACCAGCAAUAAUACAUGGUGAUUUAUGGGGUGGCAAUGUCAGUGAAACUGAUGACGGUCCUUUGAUUUUUGAUCCUGCGACUUUUUACGGUCACUCAGAAUAUGAUCUUGGAAUAAGUUAUUUAUUUGGAGGCUUCAAUUCAAAAUUUUACGGUGCUUACCACGAUGUUAUACCAAAAGCACCCGGCUUCCAGAAGAGGAAAGAACUCUACAAAGCUUUUCAUUAUUUAAAUCAUUGGAACCAUUUUGGAGGUGGUUACAGAGGAUCUUCAAUAUCUACUUUACAGGCCUGUGUUAAUUCUGUUUAUAAUUGAAGAAGAGGUUGUCCAGUUACAAGACAGUUUUUACGUCAAAUUUCAGCUGCUUUUAAAGUCCUGCUCUUAAUUUAUAUUGACAAGGUGUUACCAGUGUUGUGGCUGUUGUUUAUUAGCAGAAGAGGUUCCAACAGGUUUUCAUAUGAUAUUUUAUUUGAAUAAUCUCUUCUUGUUUUGUCAAGGGAUAUAUCAUUGGUUCAAAACAUUGCAGUGUGGCUAUUCCUUUGUCAAGAAUAUCAAGUAAACUUUUCUUUGCUUAUAGCAUUAAAACAUUUAAUAUGUUGUUCCAGAACAAGUGGAGUUUUACUUGUUCUAAAUAAUAACAUACAUUUAGUAUCACAUGUAUAAAAGCCUCUUUAGCCUUAGUAAGAAGGACUAAAAAAGAAGAAAUUUUUAUAAUUUACUUUGUAUCACGCUAAACGAAUAACAAUUUUGUUUUAUAUUAUUUGGUAUUUUUGAAAUACAGAUUAUGAUUUAACAAUUGAAAUUUUGAUUUUCAUCUUCAGGCUUGCCCCUUUAAGUGCUUUGCUCCACAAACAUACAUGCUUUAGUUAAGUUUGCUGUAUAUAGUGUUUUACUGUAUUUAAUACAAUAUAUUCUUGUUUAGAUGCAAAUCUGAUACUGUUCAAUACAUAGUUAAUUGAUCUGAUCAUUCUGUAAGAGAUUGAUUUAUCAUCAACUUGUUAUAAUGAAAUAAAUUUUAACAAGAGCUGUCUCCGUAGGA